AUGGCGGAGGGGGAAGAGGAGGCGCCGCGGCCGCAGCCGCGGCCGACGCUCGCCCUGGAGGCUUUCCGCGACAGGAUCGUCCAGGCGGUGAAGGAGAACCGCGUCACGAUGAUCGUGGGGGGCACCGGAUGCGGAAAGAGCUCCAUGAUCCCCCAAUUUCUUCUAGAAGAAAAUAUGGAGCCCAUUAUGUGCACACAGCCUCGGAGGUUUGCGGUGGUAGCCAUUGCUCAAAGGGUGGCUCAUUCUCGCAAGUCGAUGCUAGGACAAGAAGUUGGAUAUCAUAUAGGCCACCCAAAUAUGAAGAAUCUUACCUCAACAAGGUCAAAAAUUGUUUUCAAAACAGCUGGUGUUAUGCUAGAGCAAAUUCGUCAACACGGCAUUGAUGCAUUGCAAUAUAAGGUUAUCAUUCUUGAUGAAAUUCAUGAAAGGUCUGUGGAAUCUGAUCUUGUCCUUGCUAUUAUCAAGCAGUUUAUGAUGGAAAAGAGUGACUUCAAACUGGUUUUGAUGUCUGCCACUGUUGAUAGCACGCGGUACGUUGAGUACUUUAAAGAUAUUGGAAAGGUUGAAUUGAUUACCAUCCCGAGCAUCCCAUGCACUAACAUGUUCCAGAGAAAAGUCCAUUAUCUUGAUCAGAUCGAUAACAUGCUGAAGAUGGAUUCUGAAUCAUUCUCGACAAAGUAUUGUGCUGGAGAAGAUUUUAAAACAGAUGCUAUUCUUAAUCCUGACGUGUAUCAUCUUAUCCACACGUUAUUGUUGCACAUACACCAAAGUGAACCAGAUACUGAAAGGAGUAUUUUGGUUUUUCUUCCUACAUACCAUGCAUUGGAGCAGCAGUGGGCUCGGUUGUCUGGUUGUUCAACUUUCAAAGUACAUAUUCUUCAUCGCAGCAUUGACACAGAUGAAGCUUUGGAAACUAUGAAGGCCUCAGAGUCUUGCCGAAAGGUUAUACUGGCGACAAACAUGGCCGAAUCGUCUGUCACUAUUCCAGGAGUUGCUUAUGUUAUUGAUUCAUGUAGAUCAUUGCAAGUCUAUUGGGACCGAACCAGGAAAAUCGACUCAACUAAGCUUGUAUGGAUUUCCAUGUCCCAGGCUGAGCAGCGGAAAGGAAGGACAGGCCGAACCUGUGAUGGACAGAUUUUUCGCUUGGUAACAGAGCCAUUUUACAACUCUUUUCCUGAUCAUGAAAGCCCUGCCAUUUCAAUGUUAUCCUUGAGAGACCAAGCACUCAUGAUAUGUUGUGCAGAUUCCAUAGCUAUGAAUGACGACCCCACUGUGCUGCUGCAAAAAAUUCUCAAUCCACCGGAAUCCAGUGUUAUUAAAGAUGCACUAGAUACUCUUGUUCAAAUUGAUGCAUUUCAGCCAGCAUUCCCUGGAGGGUAUCAUCCCAGAUUUUAUGGCUAUUUGCUCGAUAGUUUGCCGUUAUCAUUUCAUGCUUCUGUUCUUACCCUGAAAUUUGGUGAGAUGGGGUAUCUCCAUGAAGGAAUCCUGAUAGGCAUUAUGUUGGACAUUCAACCACUUCCUGUACUGCAACCUUUUGGUGAUCAAGCAUUGCGCAAGAAGAUUAGAGAUGAUUAUUUUGAUGAACGUACCUUCCAAAAAAUUGGCAAGAAGGAAGCUACACUCAUCGCAAAUCUCCGGGCAUAUCAGUUUUGGCAGCGUAUGUUUAAGGAUAAGUUUCGUCUGGAGUACCUGACAAAUGUCUCCAAGAACCAAGAAUCAAAUGCAUGUGAGAUCUUGAAAGUUGAACAAGAAUGGUGUAGAUUACACAAUCUCGUGCUUAAAGCACUUAACAACAUCUCCAAAAUUUAUGAUGAUAUUAUGAGCACACUGCACCGAUUUAGGCCUCAAUUUCUUCUGGAAAUCAAUCCUCCAAAGUACCUUCAGACCUCUGAAUUCCACCAUGAAUGUCGUGAUACUGAAUUGCCGGAGCCAGAUCAUAUGACUUCACUCCCGUUGGAAACUGACAAUUCUCACUUAGAUUCACAGAGGUGUGCUGCAAUCCCUUAUAUUUCUGCAACUGAUUUUGGAGCCACUGACAUUGUUAAUACCCUCAUGAAGGUUACUGAAAAGAUGAAGAUAGAACUUGCAGAGACGUGUGUGGACUACCAUGAUGGAUCUAGUGAAACAUACAGAGGACCUCUUAACAAUUUAUCCAAUGCCUCGAAACGAGCAUGCAAGUUCUUCCUCACAUUAAAGGGUUGUAGAAAUGGCGACUCUUGUCCAUUUGCACACAAUCUUGGCUCUUUGAGCUCUUCAUCUGUUACUUCUAAAAUGAAUCCAGAAGAUCCACCAUGGCCGCAGGCUGACAUAAGUUGGAGGAAGUUAGUGACUGGAGGUGAAAAUGGUCACAUUCUUGUCGUGAAUGACAGAACUCUGAAGUUUUCCUCUCAACUUCAUAACAUGGUUGACAUUACACCUGAUCUGCAUUUGGCUGAGCGUAAUUUAGUUGCAAACAAUCUCAGAAUAGUCCAGAAUGUCGCUGAUCCUUCUCAUCUAACUAUUGGAGAUGAACAUGAACUACCAGUUCCUUGGACGAGACUAAAGCGAAUUAUUUUGGUAGAUGAUUAUGAUUCUGGUGAAACACUCAACCACCAAGUCUUGCAGAAGUUCUUUGAGAAUAUUGCCAUCAAGAUAUUGUCAGGACCAUUAUCUAGUGUGCAGAUCAUCUUGAUCAUGAGUAACACAAAGUUUGUUAAGAUACAGGUGGAAAAGUUGGCAAGGGAGUGUUUCUUCAUUCUUGGUGAAUCAUUCCUGUUAAAUGUAGCGCCUCUUAAGUGGUCACCGAUCAUGGGCAUCCGUCAACUAGAUGGGCAGGUAGCAGGACGAGUUGCUUACGUUUUCAACAUGCAUCCUCCUUCGGGGGCGGGCAUUCGGCGGGGCGAUUUUGCAACACAACAGAGCGCCAAGUCCUCUGCAGAAAGCUAG